UGGUAGGUCCAUGGUGCUGCUCCUUCUUCUUCUUCUUCUUCUUCCCUCCUCAGUCUAAUGGUACAAAUACACCCUACGCCCGUGGACACCGAGGAAGGAGAAGGAAACAAAAACAAUAAGGACAUUGCUCUUGCGGUUGCUAUCCCUCUGGUCAUUGCUUUCCUGAUAAUUAGCACUAUUUGCAUUUGCUUCUGGAAGAGGAGGAGGAGGUUGGCAAAAGAAAUUCCUUAUUUGACAGAUCCAGAGCAGAUCACAAGCGUAGAGUCAAUUCUAUUUGAUCUAUCAACUCUUAGAGAUGCAACAGCAAACUUCUCUACUGAGAAUAAACUUGGAGAAGGUGGCUUUGGUGCAGUUUACAAGGGCAUAUUGCCUGAUGGAAGAGAAAUAGCAGUUAAAAGACUUUCAACUAGUUCAGGGCAAGGAAUAGGAGAGCUAAAAAAACGAAUUAGUGUUGGUUGCAAAGCUUCAACACAAAAAAACCUUGUGAGGAUCUUCGGUGUUUGCCUGGAAGAACAAGAGAAGAUGCUUGUCUAUGAGUAUGUUCCUAAUAGAAGCCUUGACACCAUUCUGUUUGAUUCUAUCAAACGUGAGCAACUAGACUGGCAAAGACGGUAUAAGAUUAUAAGUGGAAUCGCUCGUGGCCUAUUAUACCUUCAUGAAGAUUCUCAGCCAAAGAUUAUACAUCGGGAUCUAAAAGCGAGCAAUAUAUUGUUAGAUGACGAUAUGAAUCCAAAGAUUUCAGACUUCGGUUUGGCUAGACUCUUUGUUGGUGAUCAACUUGGGGGAACCACAAGAAGAGUUGUUGGAACAUUUGGAUAUAUGGCUCCAGAGUAUGCGCUGCGUGGGCAGUAUUCAGCUAAGUCAGAUAUAUUCAGUUUCGGCGUUUUAGUUCUGGAAAUAUUGACUGGGCAAAAGAACAGUAAUUUUCUUGAAACUGGACUAGCGAAAGACCUGCUAAGCUAUACAUGGCAGCAUUGGAGGAAAAGAACAAUCUCAGAGAUAAUAGAUCCAUCACUCGGUGAUCACUGGCCGAGAAGUGAGGUAUUGAGAUGUAUUCAUAUUGGUUUAUUAUGUGUUCAAGAAGUUCCAGCCAGCAGACCGAGCAUGUCAAUGGUGGUUCUCAUGCUCAAUAGCUACUCAAUGUCCUUGCAAGCUCCUUCCAAGCCUGCAUUUUUGUAGCACCAAAUGGUGGCAUGAAUUCAGAUGCAUUCCAGAAAGAUAAUUGUUUUUCCGCUGGUGAAUUCAGUCGAUCAACAGACAGUUUUAUCCCAAUGACUUCCAAUGAAGUUUCCAUAUCAGAAAUAGAACCCAGAUAGAUAAGGACGAAGUUUAUUUGACUGACUUGUAAAAAAAAUUUAGAGCUUGCCAGAAGAGUUUUCUAUAUGAACAGGAAUGCUUGACUAAAAGCCUUGUUAUUAGAUCUCAUAAAUUCAUGUGUUCUAUGUAGUGUGUGUUUCUCGGUGUUAAUAUUUGUUGUGGAUUAUUAUAAUGCUUAUAGUUCCAUCCGAAAUCUUUA